CAUUGGACUGUAGAAGACUGGUCACGCGUCAUUUUCUCAGAUGAAACCAAGAUAAAUAGAAUGGGAUCUGAUGGGCGUGUGUGGGGUUGGAAGCGGCCAGGUUCCCAGCUUGAGGACCGUAAUGUCGUUGGAACCGUCAAGUUUGGGGGUGGGAGUGUUAUGCUCUGGGGGUGCAUGACCAUCUCUGGACCUGGUCAUAUGGCUCAGGUUGAUGGUCGUAUGGACGCAAAGCAGUACACCGAUAUCCUCAGCCAGAAUCUCCUUCAGAGUGCCAAGGCUACCGGCUUCCAGGGCACUGACUUCACAUUUCAGCAAGACAACGACCCAAAACACACCUCAAGACUCGCCAAGAAGUGGUUUUCAGAUCAUUCUGUCGAGGUUUUACGCUGGCCAGCCCAGUCCCCAGACCUCAAUCCAAUAGAACACCUCUGGGGGCAUCUCAAGCGCAGGCUCAAUGGUUAUUCAACCGACCCGAAAAGCAUUGGUGAGCUUUGGGGUCGUAUUCAACAGGAAUGGAUCGAAAUUCCACCAGACUACUGCUACGACCUCAUAGCAAGCAUGCCGAGCCGCAUUCAGGCUUUAUCUUAG